UAUUCACAUACCGCCCGGCAUGCCAAAACGGAAACGAAAUCACGAGCCCAGCCUCGAAGAGAAGCUGUCGCAAUGGCAUAAAGAACUAGCGCGCGGCAUGAAAACCGCCAAGGGUUUCGAGCGCCAACGAUUAAGCAAGCGCAUUCGCGAAGCUCAGAGUGACCCGGACAAGACGGCGAGGUUUGAGAGAGAGAUCGCCGUAUUAAAGAGUCUCGAUCUCCAACAAGCUGCGCACGCGCACUUAUGCUCGUCGCUUCUCAAAAUCAAGGGCGUGGCCGAGUCCCCAAAGAUACCCGCCGAUAUUAUCAGGCCUAUUCCGAAGCCCGAGGGACUGUCCGGGGAAGAGAAGGCUGCGUUACACAACGUGACGAGUGCGCUCUGCAAUCGCAAGCAGAUCCGCGACGUCAUUGAGGAGGCUAUCAUGGGCACGUGCAUUGCGCUGAGGGUACCCAUGCCGGAGAAAUUGAAGAAAGGGAAGGGUAAGAAGGAGAAGAAGGACUUAAGUAAAGAGGAGCAGGCCAACGACAGAGAUAAUACGAAGCGGACAGCGAUUAAAGAUACACGUAAAGAAAAAGACGUAGACGAAGAGAAGUCUGAUACUGAAGAGAACGAGCCAGGGUUAGUGCUUUUGAAGAGGAAGCGGGAUAAGGCUGAGGAGGAGGAGGAGGAACUCGAUAGCGAAGAUGACGAUGAAGCUGAGGAUGACCAACCACUUGAAGGUUUCUCUGACAGCGAUGCGGAGGAACGAGCCUGGUCGCGGUACGAUGGCUUUGUGGCAGGCUCUUCUAGCGAAGAGGACGAAUCAGGAGAUGAUGGUAGUAGAGACGAUGAACUCAUCGCAGACAGCAGGACGAAAUCGCUCCGAAAAACGACGGCCGACGACAUUUCUAUAUCAUCAGUCGGAUCAUCUGAAUCAGACCAAGAAGAAGAAGAGGAGGAGGAGGAGGAGGAAGAAGAUCUAGAAGAUGUAGACAGCCAAAUUUCCGUAUCCGCAUCUCCACCACCUAAAAGGGCCAAAGUCGCAAAGACGGCCGCAAUAAUACCCGGCAACUCAGCAUUCCUACCUUCGUUGAUGGGCGGCUACAUAUCAGGCUCCGAAUCAGAAGCCUCCGACCUCGAUCUCGCCCCCGCGCGCAAGAACCGGCGCGGGCAACGGGCGCGUCAAGCCAUCUGGGAGAAGAAGUACAAGGAGAAGGCGAAGCACGUCCAGAAGCAGCAGGAAGCCAAAACGGGCAGAGAUCAGGGAUGGGACAUGAGACGAGGCGCCGUAGGGGACGAAGAGGGGUCCAAUAAGCCCUGGAAGAAAGGCAUCCGGAACCCCUUCGAUAACAAGCACAUCCACCCCGACCGCCAGCAGCAACUCCAAGGUGACCGCGAACAAACCAACCCAAAACCGAAAGCAAUACCCAAGAGGGAUGAUACGGGUCUCUUACACCCAAGUUGGGCCGCGGCCAAGAAGGCUAAGGAGGAAGGCCAAAAAGUCGCAUUUCAAGGGCGUAAGGUUGUGUUUGAUUAAGCAGUAAGCUCUUCAAUAGAUACCAUACUAGUAGGCUACGAAGACUACUGGGAAAAUCAAAACUCAUCGUGAGAAAUCAUCGAUUAUAUAUACUUGAACUACUCUGAAUACGUACAACCGCACUCGCAAAAAUCUCGGCGUAAGUGCCCUCCUCGUGGCUCUUCAACUUCAACUCAGCGCAUUCCUGGUCAUGCACGGCUUCUUAAAUCAUCUCAGUCCUAGCAACCUUCAAACUAGCCCACGUAUAUCUACGUCGUCAACAAUAACGACAAAACUGCUUGUAUCGUAGUAAUAUAUGUUCAGAAGUCCACCAACCUGGAUU